AAGUGCCCGCUCGCUGACAGAGAAGGGCUUUGCCUGAACGCGGCAAGGAGAGGGUUGUGGUUCUGGAGCUUUGGGUGACGGCUGCAGGAGCGACUCGGGGUUGAGGUGGGCUUCAGGAGAGAGCCGGGCGGCGGGAUGAUGGAAGAGGAGGAACUGGAGUUCGUAGAGGAGCUGGAAGCCGUGCUGCAGCUCACGCCUGACGUGCAGCUCGCCAUCGAGCAGGUGUUUCCAAGCCAGGAUCCUCUAGAUCGAGCAGAUUUCAAUGCUGUGGAGUAUAUUAAUACCCUAUUCCCAACAGAACAAUCUCUGGCAAACAUAGAUGAAGUCGUGAACAAAAUUAGACUGAAAAUAAGGAGACUGGAUGACAAUAUUCGAACUGUUGUAAGAGGUCAAACAAAUGUGGGGCAGGAUGGCAGGCAAGCACUUGAAGAGGCCCAGAAAGCUAUUCAGCAACUCUUUGGCAAAAUCAAAGAUAUCAAAGACAAAGCAGAAAAAUCAGAGCAAAUGGUUAAAGAAAUCACCCGCGAUAUUAAGCAGCUAGAUCAUGCCAAACGCCACCUGACCACCUCAAUCACAACGCUGAACCACCUGCACAUGUUAGCAGGUGGCGUGGAUUCCCUCGAAGCCAUGACCAGGCGAAGACAGUAUGGAGAAGUUGCUAACCUUCUUCAAGGUGUGAUGAAUGUUCUGGAGCACUUCUACAAGUAUAUGGGAAUUCCACAGAUCCGGCAGCUUUCUGAAAGAGUGAAAGCUGCCCAGACUGAGUUAGGACAGCAAAUCCUGGCUGAUUUUGAGGAAGCAUUUCCUUCCCAGGGCACCAAGAGGCCAGGAGGACCCAGCAAUGUCCUACGAGAUGCAUGUCUGGUUGCUAAUAUUUUGGAUCCUAGAAUCAAACAGGAAAUCAUCAAAAAGUUUAUUAAACAGCAUCUGUCAGAAUAUCUAGUACUUUUUCAAGAAAACCAAGAUGUUGCCUGGCUGGACAAAAUCGACAGACGCUAUGCCUGGAUAAAACGCCAGCUGGUGGACUAUGAGGAGAAAUAUGGUCGUAUGUUUCCACGUGAGUGGUACAUGACCGAGAGGAUUGCAGUAGAAUUUUGCCACAUCACAAGGACAGAACUUGCCAAGAUUAUGCGUACCAGAGCUAAGGAAAUUGAAGUGAAAUUGCUUCUUUUUGCUAUUCAAAGAACGACUAACUUUGAGGGGUUUCUCGCCAAACGCUUUUCCGGGUGCACCCUGACGGAUGGAACUCUGAAAAAACUCGAGUCUCCACCCCCAUCCACCAAUCCCUUCCUGGAAGAUGAGCCAGCACCAGAGAUAGAGGAACUGGCGAUGGAGAAAGGAGAUUUAGAUCAGCCAAAGAAGCCGAAAGCCCCAGACAAUCCAUUUCAUGGCAUUGUUUCCAAGUGUUUUGAGCCUCAUCUCUAUGUGUAUAUUGAGUCCCAGGACAAAAACCUUGGAGAGCUGAUUGACCGGUUUGUAGCCGAUUUCAAAGCCCAGGGGCCACCUAAGCCCAACACUGACGAAGGGGGUGCCGUGCUCCCCAGCUGUGCUGACCUCUUUGUCUACUACAAGAAGUGCAUGGUGCAGUGCUCUCAGCUCAGUACUGGGGAGCCAAUGAUCGCCCUGACCACCAUUUUCCAGAAGUACCUCCGAGAAUAUGCCUGGAAAAUCCUCUCUGGCAAUCUACCCAAAACCACAAGCAGCAGUGGAGGCCUGACCAUCAGCAGCCUCCUCAAGGAAAAGGAAGGCUCAGAAGUAGCCAAGUUCACUCUAGAGGAGCUCUGCCUCAUCUGCAGCAUCCUAAGCACAGCAGAGUACUGUCUGGCCACCACCCAGCAGCUAGAAGAAAAACUCAAGGAAAAAGUUGAUGUAAGUCUGAUUGAACGAAUCAAUCUGACUGGAGAAAUGGAUACGUUCAGCACUGUCAUCUCUAGCAGCAUCCAGUUGUUGGUUCAAGAUCUGGAUGCUGCCUGCGAUCCUGCCCUGACUGCCAUGAGCAAGAUGCAGUGGCAGAAUGUGGAGCACGUUGGUGACCAGAGCCCUUAUGUCACCUCUGUCAUUCUUCACAUUAAGCAGAAUGUCCCUAUUAUCCGUGACAACCUGGCUUCCACGCGGAAAUACUUCACUCAGUUCUGCAUUAAAUUUGCAAACUCCUUCAUUCCCAAGUUCAUCACCCACCUCUUCAAGUGCAAGCCAAUUAGCAUGGUGGGAGCAGAACAGCUGUUGCUGGACACCCAUUCCUUGAAGAUGGUCCUGCUCGAUCUACCUUCCAUUGGCUCACAGGUGGUGAGGAAAGCACCUGCCAGUUACACUAAGAUUGUUGUGAAAGGCAUGACUCGGGCGGAAAUGAUACUCAAGGUAGUGAUGGCCCCUCACGAACCAUUGGUGGUGUUUGUUGACAACUAUAUCAAACUCCUUACGGACUGCAACACAGAAACCUUCCAGAAGAUACUGGACAUGAAGGGGCUGAAGAGAAGCGAGCAGAGCAGCAUGCUGGAACUGUUGCGCCAGAGGCUACCUGCCCCGCCUUCAGGGCCAGAAGGCUCCAGCUCACUGUCCCUACUGGCUCCGACACCAGAACAGGAAUCAUCUCGUAUCCGCAAGCUAGAGAAACUGAUUAAAAAGAGACUGUAGGAGCUUACAGAGGGCACUUUUCUCCCCUGACCCGUGACCCUCAGCACCCCAUUGCCUGGAAGCCCCCCCCACCUCUCCUGUGCUCCCCCUGACUUUCAGAUCAUCAGUCUUGAAACUUCCUGGGACAUUUGGGUUGUUCAUGAGUCUUCCCCAUGACCUGUCUUGAUUCGCGUCCUGAUCAAGAAGCCAAGCAAGGGCAGGGUGAUGAAAAGCCUCCUUAGUUGGUCCCGGAUUCCUGCAGCAGAGGCAGUCGUGGGCGAAAGGGCCCUGCAGUCCAUUUGUGUUCCACCCGUCCAGUUGUUACUGGCCUCGCUGCCUCACCUCUGCAGUCACAUCGCCCGGCAUGUGGCCCCAUCUCCCGUGCCUGUGCAGGCAACUUGGGUGAGAAACCCUGGAUCUCCCCCCUUCCAUCUGCUGCUGUUUGAGGUUACCUCUGCAGCCAGGCCCUAAGAUUUGUCCUCCCUGCUCCAUGGGCUUGGCUCUGGGGCCCGAGUUGGCAAAUGACAGGUGGAGGACAUUGGCCUUGCCUUAUGAAGGCAGUGGAGGCAGGAGCACUCUUCCUUGUAGAUCCAUUUCCUCGUACGUAUUGUCAUGACUGGGCCAGUGCAUUCUUCCCGUUUCUCCCUAACGCACAGUCCUCUGUAUACAUCCAAGGAGAAAUUCCCACUGUAUCUCUCACCCAGGAAGAUUGUGUGUGCUAGGCCUUGGAAGCAGGUGUCCUCUGUGCCAUGGGGCUCCUUGCUUGGGGGUGGGGGUAGACCCAUAUCUGCACACUCAGUGCAUGAUGUAAGCAGAUUAUUUUCUCCAUUUCUUUAUUCCCACCCUGCUCCUGACUUCUAGAGGAGGGAUUGCCUUCUGUGAAGAGAAACUAAGAUGUUUUCCUAGAAAGAUUGUCCUAGGCUUUCUCCUCAGAUGAAGCUGUGGGACAGUGCAGGAGGCCUGGGCCCUCUAAUCCCCUUCCUGCCCAUUUAUUUUCAAGCCCAAAUUACUUUCCAGAAUGAUCUGAAACAACAAAGGUGAUGUGAAGUGCCAGAAUGACAUAUGACUUUAUUACUAACGGGAAAGAACCCAGGGCCAUGGCUACCUUGGGAACAGAAUGUUGACCUUAAACACAUGCUCAGAGCCUGGCCCAGCCCAGAACACACCCCCACCCCUGACCCUGGCCGGCCCGUCCUGCCCAGUGGCACGCAGCCAGCACAGCUUGGCAGAAGAGAACCUCCUAGAACUGCCUCAGUCCUCACAUGGUCCUGCAGUGCAAGAAUGGGCAGCGUUAUCAGGUAGCUGCCCUGAUUUGCCAGGUUCACAGGGACCCCGAACCCCAGCUCACCGUGCCCACAGCCUCGGGGGGGGCCCACUGUUGGUGUAGGCAUUCUUCGGGAAUUUGGAACAAGUUGCUGGCCAGGUGGGGAGAGAGCUGAGGAGGAAGGAGGAGCUCUUUACAGAGAAGGCACAUAACAGGCCUGGGGAUAAAAUUGGGAUAUCAAAUAGCACUCAGAAAUGGGUUUUCAGGGGCGCCUGGGUGGCUCAGUUGGUUAAGCAACUGCCUUCGGCUCAGGUCGUGAUCCUGGAGUCCUGAGAUCGAGUCCUGCAUCGGGCUCCCUGCUCAGCGGGGAGUCUGCUGCUCCCUCUGACCCUCUUCCCUCUCGUGCUAUCUCUCAUUCUCUCUCUCUCAAAUAAAUAAAUAAAAUCUUUAAAAAAAAUUAAAAUAAAAUAAAAAUAAAAAGAAAUGAGUUUUCAGGAUAGAGGAAGUUUCCUGAAAAUCCAUACAAGUUGUGAUAGCCACACAGGAGGACACUUUAAGGUCUGAAAAUCAGACCAGGAACUGAUGAUUUCCCCCCUUUUUGUUCUCCAAUCCCCUUCCCUCUCCUUUAACCUCUUCCCAGACUCUGUCCAUAGGCCCCAGCUUUGAUCCUGAGCCCCGUUUCUUCCUCAGCUUCCAGGCUCCUCUUGCUUGUCCGUGUGACUCUGACAUACUGAGCAUCUCAAACUCAACAGCGCUGAGAAGAAAGUGCGGCCCUUGGCUGAGCUCUCAGGAAAAGCUUGCUAAAUAAGGAAAAGGCAGAUAGGGUGGGGAGGGGAUUGGGCAAGCAUGCGGGCUGAGCAGCCGGCAAGACUUCACUUUGCCGGGACAGCUGCCGUCUCACUCCGGUGACGUCCUACCGCCCGCACUAAUGGAGGUUAACCUCUCUUCCUGCUCUUGAAAGAAGGGCCGAUGGGCCCAUCUGCAAACGGCACAACCAUUUGGGCCAGCCGUCGUCAACCUGGGGAGCCGGGGAAGCCAGUGGACUCCACCUGGUUCUUGUCCCUCUCGGUGUUUAUAGAUGCACACUUCUCUUUUUGGUUCAUUCCUGGGGAGUCGUUUUCUGGACAUCUCCGUAACGCAUUGAGAUGUCAAGCCACUGUUUUCUCCCAGUUGGUGGUCACAGCCAGGGAAGUUGCUUUCUUGAUUUAUUACAUUGUCAGGAAUCUCCAAGGAGCUAACAGAUGUCAGUAGGAGUUAUGUUAAAUGUCUCAUUGAUGGGGUCUGAAUGCUGUGUAUGCCUCCUUUAAAGACAGAGCACGUUUCUCGACGGAGGUGGGGGGCGGGGAACGCAUCAGAAUCCCCUGGGGCCUUUUUACACGUAUAGUUGUCUGGAGAUUCUGAAUCCGUAUGUCUGGAGUGGGGCCAGGCAUAGAAGUAAUUCUAAUGUUUACCCCUUUGUUAAAAACCUGCAAUAGAGAGAAAUUUGCUUUAUCACAGUGUUCCUGUAGCACAUUUUCAUAAAUGUGUAUUUUUCCUGGCUCUCUAAGCGAGUAUAAUUCCUAUACAAUUGAGCUGGUACCAACAUGGUAAAGAUUCAUUGCUAAUAUCCAACAGCUUUAAUUUUAAGCUUGUGUUGAUGAUAGGGAUCAUGCCAGAAUUGUGCUGUCCCCAUACAGACUAGAAUUCUUAAAGUUUUGACAACGAAGCCCCAAACAGAGAUUUGUUCUAUUACUGUCACUUCAAAAUAACAUGAAGGAGGACUCACUGGUAAAAACUGUAACAAACAACACUGUUAUUCAGCUAAAUUAGAUAUUGUACCCAUUCCUCCCCCCGCUUUCUCUCUUUAAAAAAAAAAAAACUUUGAAGACACUUUAUGUGGUUAAAAUAAAUAUUAAUAAUUUAUGAUUGAUAAAGAUCUGCUGUUCUUCCUACGGACAGACUUCCUGAUAGCUGGCUUAGAGGUGCCCAGUCUGGAGAAAGUUCCGUUUGGAUCAUAACAGUGAGACAGGAACCACAAUGGACAGAGUUCAAUUGAAAUCCAAGUUCAGUUCUGGAAUUGAAACUGUCACCACUCCUCCCUCUCUUAAAGAACAAAGAACUAGGGAUGCCUGGGUGGCUCAGUCGGUUAAGCGUCUGCCUUCGGCUCAGGUCAUGAUCCCAGGGUCCUGGGAUCGA